AUGAAUCUAGAUGGUGUUCAGCUUUUGAGUCAGGAUCAGCUUCCACCCGUCUUGAGACUUUUCAUUGAUCCGAGCUUAAAAUAUUCGAAACACAAGCAUACUGUAGAGACAUCUAGAGAUUGCGUCCAUCACACCUACACCCUCGUCCUAACUCGUGAGCCAUCAACUCAACCUGACGAAUAUAUUCAUCUCAAAUUGGCUCCAACAACUUCGACAGAUAUUUCAACUCAGCUCAGCUCUGCUAGAGAAAUGAUGAGCAAAAGUAGUUUGUCUGAAACUUCUCCAAAAACUGACAAUUGGUCAUUCACUGAGAAGAAAAUGGACAGCAUUUAUUAUACGAUUCCAAUGAAAACGGAUCCGGUUUCUUUUCAAAAGAAUAAUCCAUCCGAGAAGACAACGAAACCGACGUCUUCUGGAUCCUCUUCUGUUUCUACUUCUGCAACUUCUACAGUAUCUUCAUCCCAAACGUCUUCCGUGCCUUCUUCUUCUCUUCCUACUUUUGAUCCUAAUUAUGAAAAAAUCCCCAGAAAAGUGGUCACCAUGGUUCAUGUGAAGUUUAUUUUGGUUCAUCGUGACACCUUCAAAAGACGUGUCCAAUCAACAUUCACCGACGAAUUCCAAUCGGAUUGUCGUCUGGAAGACGUGAUUGUGAAUUUCCAACAACUUUGUGCUCGCCAACUUCGUGACGCACGCCUUCAGCCACGUCUUUCGUAUUGUAUCGGAGAAAUCAGUGGGAAGAAUUCGAAACCAGUGUUGAGCAGUGAUUUGGGAAAGACAUUGACGCAGUUGGCUGCAUCGAAAAACGUUUUUCAAUUUGCUUUGAUUGUCGAUAACUUUGAUAAUUCGUGA